AUGUCUGAAGCCAACACAAGUCCCGCGGCGCAACCGCCCACGAGUCAACCUCCGGCGCCACCGCCGAACCCAGAUGGAGUCUCGGCUGCCCCGACCUCGAUCGAGGUUGACGAGGGGGACGUGGCCGACGAUGCCUCGGCGAUGGACGACAGGAUCUCCUCGUACUCGGCGUCCCUGACCUCGAGCGUCGUGGACUACCCGGAGGAGUACGGCCGCCGGUACCACGCCUACCGGGCCGGCUCCUACCAGUUCCCCAACGACGAGCGGGAGAUGGACCGGCUCGACCUCAACCACUCGCUGAUAGCCAGGACGAUCGGCAAGCUCUUCCUGGCCCCAAUCGAACAGGACAAGACCCAUCGCAUUCUGGACGUCGGCACGGGCACGGGCAUUUGGGCGAUCGAAGUCGGCGACGAGUUCCCCAACGCCGAGGUCGUCGGGAUCGACUUGAGCGCCAUCCAGCCGGCCUUCGUGCCGCCCAACGUCAAAUUCGAGAUUGACGACGCCGAGAGUUCGUGGGUCGGGGAUGCCAAGUACGACUUUAUCUUUUCGAGAUACCUCGCGCUGUCCAUCGCCGACUGGCCGAAGCUCGUGCGCAACAUCUACACGACCUUGAACGCCAACGGCUGGGCCGAGUUCCAGGACUACAGUCUCCUGUUCGACUCGGACGACGGGUCGCUGACGGACGACCACGAGACGAUGAAGUGGGAGAAGAAGGGCAACGAGAUUGCCGACAUGAUCGGCCGGGACUUCAACCCGGGCCCCAAGCUGUACAACUGGGUCAAGGAGGCCGGCUUCCGGAACAUCGUGCACAAGCGCUACAAGAUCCCCAUCGGGCCCUGGGCAAAGGAACCCCACUACAAGGACAUUGGAAUGAUGAACCUGAUACAGCUGUUGGACGGCCUCGAGGCCUUUACGCUGAAGCCGUUCUGUUCGGUGCUGGGGUGGACGACCGAGGAGGUCCAAGUGCUGCUCGCCCAGGUCCGCAAAGAGAUGAAGUCUGGGGUCUUUCACGCUCACUUAAAUUACCACGUUGUUUAUGGCCAGAAGGUGGAGAGCGAGGAGGAGGAGGCUUAA